AUGCUGGGGGGGAAAUAUCUAAACCUAAAACUGUUCAGCGAGAAGAAGAACUCCCUUGCGAGCACCAGUGCAGAAGAGUCCCGAGGCAGCAACGGCGGGGGCACGCAGAAUGUGGGGGGAGCCCCCUCCCACAGAUACAACAGAGAUAGGAGAAUAAUUCACGAAGGGUGGCUAAACAAGUGGACAAACAUCAUCGGCAGUUACAGGCCGAGAUACUUCGUUUUGGAAAAUGGCAUAUUAAGAUACUCCAUAGAUAAAUUUUCUCCAACAAAGGAGACCUUUGGUUUGUCGCAUUGCAAAAUAAAAGUGUGCCCUGAUGAUCCACUACACUUUGAGAUUGAUACAACGGAGCAGGGCAUCCUCUACCUGAAGGCAGACUUCCCGGAAGACAAACACAAAUGGUACAUAUCUUUUAAAAAGGCACAACUGAAUUAUCUGCGGGGAAGACAAAACAAGAAGGGGUACAUAGACGUGAACAAUUUUAAUGUGUCGACAAAUUCGGAGUUUAUAUGGAAAAUCAUAAAGAACAAUAAUGAUUUGGGUAAGAGUAGAACAAUCAGCUCUGUUGGCGAGGAGAGAAGCGGUCUGAAGAGCCACGCCGAUCAGGACAAACACGGGGUGAAGUGUCCAAAUGGGAAAGCAGAAGGGACGGGCAAACUAGACAAAACUUCCUCCUGUGUCGCAUUCGAUCAGGGGGAAGUAACUGUAAAGACGCAGGGAAUGAAAAAGAUCAACCUAGACGAAGUGUUUAUCAGCUCCACCGAUUUCGAAGACAAAAGUCCAACCCUCUGUCUUAUGGAAAAUAUCGUGUCGUUAAAGGAAAUUACCACUGACUUGAUAAAAAAUUCACAACUUAAUGAGGCGAAUUCCAUUCUGAGGGAGAUCAAAUUGGACGCCGACUACAAAGUGAGCUAUAACAAAGUGGCGCCUGUACUUUACCAACUGAGCAACUCUAUUGACUGCAUAGAUGCUGUGAUUGAGAAAUACAUCAGCUGCACGGAGAUGCUCUUAAAGGAAGAAAACGUGCAAUUGAAAUGCAUGAACAAAUCGUUGAAACUGCUAGCCAAGCAGAAUUAUUUCCUGGAGAAAUCGCAAGACAGGAGAAGGUUCAUUGAGUUACAAGAUAAGGUAAGAAAUCAUUUGGAGAAAUUUAACUUGUACGUAAAUAAUCAGCAGAGUGAGGAGGAAGAAAAUGAAGACAUGUUUUUCGACUGCGAUGAUGAGUCAUUUUGUGAGGAGGAAAAUGUCCCCCUCAAUGUUGCUCCAGCUGGUGACCCGCUCUCCAGGGAAGCGGCGCGGGAGAAGAGCACACCGGAAGGGGGACAGCAUAGGCAUGCCAACUGUGGGGGAACUUACGAUAAACGUCUUACCCGUGGAGGAUCACUCGAAGAGGAGAACAAAUCGGAGGAGGAGGAAGAAGAAGAAGAAAAAAAAGAAGAAGAAGAAGAACAAGUGCCCCCCAUCCGCCCAUCAACACUCCAUACAGAUGAUGCAGGAAAGAGCGAAACGGUAGAGGAGCACUUCCAGUUGGAUGUACACACAGAAGGGAAAGUCGCCCCAGUGAAGAACCACACCGACGAGAUGAGCAAGACGAACGAGGCGAAUCCAAACGACUUGCACCUAAUCCAACUGUGCAGAGAAGGAAAUAUAAAAUGCCUGAAUUUUAACCAAAUCGAUAUAUACACAGACAGCAAAAUUAAGAGGAGAACCAAACUUCCAAGUCCACGAACAGACAUAAAAAUCAGCAUGUGGUCCCUGUUGAAGGAUUGCAUCGGGAAGGAUCUCUCCCGUAUAGGGAUGCCCAUUUAUCUGAAUGAACCCUCCUCAUUUUUGCAAAGACUGGCAGAAGAUUUCCAAUACGUGUAUCUGCUCCAGCGCGCCUCUAGAGAAGUCGAAAGUACUAGUAGGCUUGCAUACGUGACCGCCUUUACCAUAUCUCCUUACGCUUCCGUGAUCGGUCGAACGUUUAAGCCAUUCAAUCCGUUGUUGGGAGAAACAUACGAGCUGACACACAGGAGAUUCUUCUUCAUCUCAGAGCAGGUAGUCCAUCACCCCCCUAUCACGGCAUACCACUGCCACAAUGAGUACAUGACAAAUUUUUCCAGCAUAACGGUCAAUGUGCAGAUUUCGGGGAAGUCAGUCGAAGUCACCAUUCCAGGGGCCAGUCACCUCAUCCUGAGGUAUCAGAAGAGGGUAAAUUGUCCCACUGGGGAAGAAAGGCACACAGACGGAUGUGCAAAUUUGAAUAAGAAUCAUUUCUUCCGUUCCGCGGAGGAUGCCAACCUUGACGAAUGUGAAGUGCGGACGUGCCCCUCGACCAAGAGGAGCAGCGAGGAUAGAGAUACACACAGUGCACAAUUUGGCCAUGAGAGGGCCAGUCCGCAUAGAAGCGGUCCAUCUGGCGGCAGUCCACAUAAAGGCGAUCCACAUAAAGGCCAUCCACGUAGCGGCAGUCCACAUAAAGGCGAUCCACAUAAAGGCCAUCCACGUAGCGGCAGUCCACAUAAAGGCGAUCCACAUAAAGGCCAUCCACGUAGCGGCAGUCCACAGAGACGUGUCCCUUUGCCAGACGCAGACUCCCCCGAGUACGGCCACGAGCAUUACACGUAUCAAAGAGCCAACAUGAUAAUACACAACAUCAUUUUUGGAAAGUUGUGGGUGGAGCUGCAUGGAAACAUUCUCAUACGAAACCACAACAAUGGCGAUUUCUCCAUCGUCAGUUACAUUCGCAAGGGAUGGUUUGAAAACGAAAUUCAUAAAGUAAGAGGAGUCAUAUGUGAUCGACACAAAAAUAUCAUUUUUUAUCUAUACGGAAAGUGGUCACAAGAAAUUAACAUAGCUUAUGUGAAACAUUUAAAAAAACAGGAAUACGAUUCCUACUUUUUCAAUGCCGAUGGAUCGGAAAAUAGUAGCCAUUUUAAUAGAAAUGCUUUGAAUGAGUUUAUUAACAACAUUGACUGGCAGUUUUAUGAGAACAAUGUGGAUGUCCUAAACGGUGUGUGUGUGUGGAGGGCCACCAAAAGGCCCAAACAUAGUGAAAUAUACUACGGGUUUAACAAUAUGACCGUGGAAUUGAACGAGAUAACUCCCGAAUAUGAUCCUUCCAAGGGGGCAGCUAUUGCCUGCACGGACAGCAGAUUUAGGCCCGAUCAGAGGAGUUACGAAAAUGGAGAUAUUGAAAUUUCCAUGAGUGAAAAACAGAGACUUGAAAACAAACAGCGGGCGAACUGGAAGAAAUACGCGGGGAAGAAAGACACCUACAAGCCAAAAUGGUUUUACAAACAUAAGGACCCCAUUUAUAAGGACAGGGAUAUGUACCUCUUCAACAAUGAGUACUGGGUCGCGAAGGAGAAGGGGCUCUUCACCGACACACCAGACAUAUUCUGA